AUGGCGGACAUUGCGAAAGAAAUACUACUAGAAGCUGUAAAAUUGGCUGAUCAAGUCACCAAAGCUGCCAAUGAUGUUAGCUCUUUUAAGCAAGAAUGCCAUGAAAUCAAGGGCAAAACGGAGAAGCUUGGAGAACUCCUCCGUCAUGCAGCGCGUGCUUGCAACUCCCUCUACGAACGCCCCACACGGAGGAUCAUCGACGACACCGAGCAAGUCCUUGACAAGGCCUUUGUCCUUGUCUCAAAGUGCCGUACCAAUGGGUUAAAACGCGUCUUUACCAUCAUCCCCGCCGCUGCAUUCCGUAAAACUUCACAACAACUCGAGAAUUCUAUCGGUGAUGUUUCAUGGCUCCUCCGAGUGUCCGCCCAGGGCGAUGAUAACGACGAUGAAUAUCUUGGGCUUCCUCCAAUUGCAGCCAACGAGCCAAUUCUUUGCCUUAUAUGGGAACAAAUUGCCAUUUUGUGCUCGAACACGGCAUCGAUAGAAGAUCGAUCAGACGCGGCAGCUUCACUUGUUUCUUUGGCUCGCGACAAUACCCGGUAUGGAAAGUUGAUUAUAGAGGAAGGUGGGGUUGCACCGCUUUUGAAGUUGGGCAAAGAUGGAGGAAUGGAGGGCCAAGAAAAUGCUGCGAAGGCCAUUGGACUUCUGGGUCGUGACGAGGAAAGCGUCGAACACAUUGUGAAUGCUGGUGUAUGCUCGGUGUUUGGGAAAAUCCUCAAAGAAGGUCACAUGAAGGUUCAGGUCGCGGUGGCUAGGGCAAUCUCUGAAUUAGCUUCUCAUCACCCCUGGUGUCAAGAUCAUUUUGCUCAGAAUAAUAUCAUCAGAUUACUGGUGAGUCAUCUUGCGUUUGAAACGAUAGAAGAACAUAGUAAGUAUGCAAUUGCAAGCAAACAAACCUUGUCGAUUCAUACAGUUGUGAUGGCUAGUUCCAACACCAACAAUAACAAAAAUUAUGACAAUGACAAGCAGCUAACCAGUCAAAUAACCCAUCCCACGGGACACAAAACUUCGAACCAAAUGCACAAUGUGGUGACCAAUACAUUGGCCAUGAAGUCCAAAGCAGUCCCAUCACAAACACAAGCACAGGGUCACACAAGCCAUGACAAGGCUAAUAACAUCAACGCAAACCCAAACCACCAGCACCAACAGCAGCAACCGAAGCAGCGUGUUGCCUUUGCCGGGAGUAGCAUUAAGGGGAGGGAAUUCGAAGAUCCUGCUACCAAGGCCGAAAUGAAGGCAACGGCCGCCCUAGCCCUUUGGAAACUUUGCUGGGGAAAUGUUCAGAUAUGUCGAGAGAUUACAGAAUCAAGAGCACUCCUAUGCUUUGCGGUUUUGUUAGAGAAGGGCCCUGAAGAUGUUCAAUAUAACUCAGCCAUGGCCCUGCUGGAAAUCACUGCUGUAGCUGAGCAAAAUGUUGAAUUGAGGCGAUCCUCUUUCAAGCCCACUUCACCAGCUGCCCGAGCCGUUGUAGACCAGCUAUUAAAGAUAAUUGAGAAAGCAGACUCUAACCUCCUCAUCCCCGCCAUUGAUUCCAUUGGGUACUUGGCCAGAACUUUUCGAGCAACCGAGACAAGAAUUAUAGGACCCUUGGUUCGACUGCUUGAUGAAACUGAAUCAGAUAUUACUAUGGCCGCAGCAAUUACGUUGAACAAGUUUGCAAAUCCUGAAAAUUUUCUCCAUGAAAACCAUUCUAAUGCGAUAAUCGAUGCAGGAGGUGCUAAGCACUUGGUUCAACUGGUUUACUUCGGCGAACAAGCAGUUCAAAAACCUUCAUUGACACUCCUAUGUUACAUUUCUUUGGACGUCCCAAAGAGUGAGGUACUUGCCCAGGCAGAAGUGCUUAUUGUGUUCGAGUGGGCAUCAAAGCAGGCACAUUUGGUGCAAGAUCCUUUAGUUGAAACACUUCUAGUUCCAGCCAAAAGCAAAUUGGAACUCUAUCAAUCUAGAGUUUCGAGAGGAUUUCAGUGA